AUGGAAAGCUGGCUAAAAGAAUCCGGAGCGGUGGGCUUGGACAACCUGGAGCUUGCCGAUUUCCCAACCACCGGGCGUGGUGUCAGAACACUGAAGUGUUUCAAGGAAGGAGAAAAUAUUCUCACCAUUCCAAGUGGCAUUCUCUGGACGGUCGAGCAUGCAUAUGCUGAUUCCAUUCUUGGGCCAGUCCUUCGCUCAACAAGUCUACCCCUGUCUGUUGAAGACACGUUAGCUAUUUAUAUUCUCUUUGUCCGAUCGCGCAAAUCGGGAUACGAUGGCCCUCGAAACCACGUGGCGGCGUUACCUGCGACCUACUCUUCAAGCAUCUUCUUUAUGGAGGACCAGUUAGAAGUUUGCGCUGGGACUUCACUGUACACCAUCACAAAGCAGCUGGAGCAACGUAUCGAGGAUGAUUACAGGGGUUUAGUCGUGCGAAUGCUCGGACACUAUCCAGAUCUUUUUCCACUGGACAAAUUUACCAUCGAAGAUUACAAGUGGGCUCUUUGCACCGUAUGGAGCCGUGCGAUGGAUUUUGUGCUGCCUGAUGGAAAGUCGAUUCGACUUUUGGCGCCCUUCGCGGAUAUGUUGAAUCACUCGUCCGAGGCUAAGCCAUGUCAUGUCUACGAUGCCUCGUCUGGAAACUUAUCCGUCCUUGCCGGAAAAGACUACGAAGCCGGGGAUCAGGUUUUUAUUAAGGGAAUUGCUACACGGGCAUGA